UUAAAAAAUUUUAAAGACGUCGCACACGUCCCUCUAGUUGUAUCUCUCAUCACGCAGUCACGAAGCACUCUCGCUCCUCUCCAAUGGCGACUGCAGAGGAACAAGAAUCCAAAGUCAAUCCUCCCAUCCCAGCAGCAGACCCUCCAAACCCCUCUCUACUUAUUGUGGAGGUUAUUUGCAAAAGUUCAGGGAAAACUAGGCGGUUUGCGGCCGGCACGGAGGCUGGUUUUGCAGUUUCUUUGAUAAACAAGAAGCUUGAUGGUGGGCCGAUGGCAUUGCAUAUUGAAGCAGUGAAAGAAGGUGAAGAGCCUGUGAGCUUUGGCCCCAAUUCUGUUCUUGUGGAAUAUGGUGAUGGUUGGAAGUUACAAACAGUAACUCAAGUAGAAGGUAUUUGGAAAGCUGAAUCCAAUCGCGCAACAACUGGACACAUCCGAUCUGCAAUGAUUUCCGAUGCCUCACAUCAUAUGAAGGAGAGGUCGUCAAAACCGAUUAGUUUGUGGUAUAUCGGGAAGAUAUUGCUCGCUUUUGUUUUUAUUUUUGUUAUGGGUGCAAUAUUUUCAUUAGCUUUGGAGAAUCUUCCAAGGCUAAUCUUGUUUAUUAACUCUUCCAUGUAAUUUUUGUACUUGUACAACAGAGCUGGUCUUCUGUUAAAUUAAGGAUCUGAUAACAGAAUGUUUUUAUUUUAUUUUAUUUUAAUUUUUAAUGUUUGCCAAUGUGUAUAUGAUGGAGAGCUUUAGGGAAGAACUGUGCUGUAUUACUUUUGAAAAUCAUAAUUGCAUAUAAUCUCUCUUUUGUUAAUGCU